AAAAACUCAAGCUUCAUUGUCGAGCUCUCAGAUGAAAUGUUCGAUCUUUUGCACUGAGUGUGUGAUUAUAGUUUGCCUCCCUGUGGUAGGGCUCUUUUAAGACCCUCCCAUAUCCCUUCCUCAAAUUACAGAGCAAGCAGUUGAGAUAGUAUUGUGAGCAAAAGUGGAAUUCAUAGGCAACUGGGAAUGUUACAUAAGGGCACUUUAGUGUUCGUCGGCUUGUACAAGUUCCAGUGAUCGCAGACAGACAAGAACCUGGUGCAAGCACUCAGACAGCCAGGUUACAAAGAUAGAAAGAGGGUGAAAAGAAACCCAUUUCAGAGUGACUGAAGCACUUAGGCUUCAGCUGGGAGUUCAGGACGGAUUGUUUUUCAGAUGUUGGAGAGGAUUCAGGCUGAAAUUCAGACGAAAUCAAGGAAGGAGACCAAAACAAUAGGCUCCCGGCCAGCAGACAAGGAAACAAGGAAGAGAUCAUGACAGAGUGACGAGGUUGUCGACACAGUGAACAAGCAGGAAGAGAUUUGCAGACAGCUGGAAUUUAUGGUGUACAAAAAGCAAAUCAACUGUGAAUGUUUGACAAAGGACUGAAAGCCAACUGAGAGAGUGUCUGCUGGGGAGAACCACCCGACCGGCCUUGUCCAAGGCAUUUCACAAUUAAAUUUUGGAUUCUGGUUUUUGGUUUCCUCAACUGAGCUUUUGACAAUAUUAGUCAUGUCGGAAGAAAAAGAGUUUUCCUACAGUGCAGCCAUUCAGGAAGCACAUGCCUCCAUCACUCGCUUCCCUCUCAUCCCAGUGAAAGGUGUUCCUCUCAUGAACUACAUCGCCAACAACUGGGACUCCAUCUGGGCUUUCCGUCCUGAUCCCUCGGACCUCCUAAUCGCCACCUACCCCAAAGCAGGGACUACAUGGACCCAGGAGAUAGUUGACCUGCUUCUUCACAACGGAGAUGCUGAGGCCUGCAAACGAGCCCCCACACCUGUCCGCAGUCCUUUCCUCGAGAUCUUCUCCCCACCGCCCAUCCCCUCAGGUAUUGAUCUUCUUAACACCAUGGAUCCUCCAAGAAUCAUCAAGACACAUCUUGCUUUUAAGUUGGUGCCUCCUGGAUUUUGGGAAAACAAGUGCAAGGUUAUCUACGUAGCACGCAACGCCAAAGACAACCUGGUGAGCUACUACCACUUUGACCGUAUGAACCUGACCCAGCCUGAACCUGGACCCUGGGAGGGCUACAUACCCAAGUUCAUGCGAGGAGAAUUGGCCUGGGGCUCCUGGUACGACCAUGUGAAAGGUUACUGGGUGGAGAGAGAGAAGAAGAACAUCCUUUACCUCUUCUAUGAGGACAUGAAAGAGAAUCCUCGGCGUGAAGUGGAGCGCAUCAUGAGGUACCUGGACUUGUCGGUGUCUGAUGAGGUCAUCAGCCGGAUUGUGGAGCUCACGUCCUUUAAGAACAUGAAGGAGAACCCAAUGACCAACUAUUCCUGCAUCCCAACACCUGUGUUUGAUCACUCCAUCUCCCCCUUCAUGAGAAAAGGUGAAGUAGGUGAUUGGAGAAACCAUUUCACACCUGAGCAAUCGAAGACGUUUGAUGAAGAUUAUGAAAAGCAAAUGAAGGAUGUCAACAUACCGUUCAGGACCCUCAUCUAACCGAUUUUGGGUUUCCAAACUAAUGCAGCUCUUCAAACCAAAGACCGAUGAAACAAAGGCCAAUGAAGCAGAGACCGAUGAACUGACACUGUGCAGCACUCAGAAGGCAGAAAUACAGUCAGAAAAUCUGACAUGUGCUAAACACCCAAUCAAAAACAUAAAUAAAAUGAAAUUGAGCCUGGAUGUUAAACACUGUAAUCACUGCGCCUCCUGAUGGAAACCAUCCAAAUGUACAUUUAAAGGAUCAAUAAAAAUGUGCUCCACGAUACAAGUGAGUUGGUAGUCAUCACUUUAUUGCAGCUUAUCACGUAAACAAUAUAUAAGACCAAAAGUGUUGUGACUGAGUGGACAUGCCCAUUUUAUGUCAUGAGACCUCCACCAGAGUCUGCUGACCGCAUGGAGCUUAUAGAGAGCGCUGGCAGCUGGAGGCAUGUGGUUUUUCUGCCCAUAUGAAGUCAUUUUGCAACCCUAAACCACACUGUACAGAGCCCAGCCAAAGCAGGGAGGCUGCACGAGACACGAGCAACAAAGACUAGAAUAAAAGUAAUGAGCUGGAAAGUCAAUCAUAUGAAAAUGGACAGAGGACACAAAAACACAACAGCUGAGAAUAUCCAAGUUUAACAAAAAAAAAAAUCACUUUUAAUACAUACUUUAUUUCUGAGAAUAAAAUCUUAAAUAUUUGAAUACUUUAUCAGCAAAGAUACUUCCGUCAUUUACUCAAAUCUCCUUCCUUAUAUAGAGGCUAUGUUUAUGUAGAGUUUUUUUGAAAAGUUUUUUGUUUGUUUUUUUUUGUCAGUUUUUCCAUGUUUUCUCCUCUCUCUUCUAUUGGUUGGCUCGCUAUGGCUACUUGAUCUUCUCUCUCUUCUCCGCCUCAUCCUCUCCAACCCUUAAGAUCCU